AUGAUGACCUCACAGCAUCGGAGUUUCAAGAAACUAGGGUUGAAUACCACCCAUUCAAAAAACGAAAAUUCAGAGAGCGCAUUCAACAAGAAAUUUCAAAAGUACCGCAACUGUCUGGAGGAUAAAAGAAUGAAGAAGCUGGCGAAGUUGAAGAAGGAAGAAAAGGAAAAGAAAGAGAAAAAGAAAGAAAACUUGUUGCUCUAUGAACAACGUAUGAAAGUAGCAAUGGCCGAAAAGGAGGAGGAAACAAAGAAGCAGGAGGAAGAUUCGCCGAUGUCUGAGGACUAG